AUGGAUUCAGAUUUGCCGCAGGCGCCGAACUUGAGGGUGACGAUAAUUGCGGCCGACGGUCUCUACAAACGUGACGUCUUCAGAUUCCCUGAUCCAUUCGCUGUGGCUACGAUAGGAGGAGAGCAGACCCGAACGACCUCAGUCAUCAAGAAGACGCUGAACCCAUACUGGAACGAGAGUUUUGACAUGCGAGCAUCACAAGAAAGCAUCCUGGCCAUACAGAUUUUUGAUCAAAAAAAGUUUAAGAAAAAGGAUCAAGGGUUUCUCGGCGUGAUUAACGUGCGAAUUGGUACAGUCAUGGAUUUGGACAUCGGCGGUGAUGAAAUGCUUACCCGAGACCUCAAGAAGUCCAACGACAACCUGAUCGUCCACGGAAAGCUUAUCGUCAACUUGUCCACAAACCUUGGACCACCUGCUACACAAUCAAACGCAGCUGGACAUCCCGGCCCACCCUUAUCCGUAGGAGGUGGGAGCAUAGCAUCUACAUCUAACGGAGCGCCCCCGAGAUCGCCUGUAGGCUCCGCUGGGCCUUCCAGCGACAUUCCGUCGGACAAUCCACCGCCCCAUAGUCCUGCUCCAUCUCAUCCGAAUCCAGCCCCUCCCGGCGUUCCGCUGGGCAGCCCUCCUCACGCGAACGGUAGCAAUCAGGCCGGGCUCAGUGGAUCAGGUCACCUCAGCUCAUUCAGAGACAAUCAAGGAAUGUUGCCUGCAGGUUGGGAGAGGCGGGAGGAUAAUCUAGGAAGAACUUACUACGUAGAUCACAACACGAGGACCACAACCUGGACGAGGCCCUCAACUACAUAUAAUGAGAGGGAUCAACGAACGGCCAUGGAGGCCAAUACCCAGCUUGAGCGGCGCGCGCAUCAAAACCGUAUGCUGCCAGAGGAUCGUACGGGGGCCAACUCGCCAACGCAGAUGGAGACGCCACCGCCAGCAUCUGCAAAUACUGCCAGUGCAGUGUCUAUGAUGGCCACCGGUGCGACAACUGCUGGAACUGGUGAGCUUCCUGCAGGAUGGGAACAACGGCAUACACCCGAAGGCAGAUCAUAUUUCGUCGACCACAACACGCGAACUACUACCUGGGUCGAUCCUCGUCGACAGCAGUAUAUUCGCAUGUACGGCCAAAAUCCAAGCGGCAACAACACCACAAUUCAAACCCAGCCGGUAUCGCAACUAGGUGCCCUUCCAAGUGGAUGGGAAAUGCGUCUGACCAAUACUGCAAGAGUCUAUUUUGUGGAUCACAACACAAAGACAACAACCUGGGAUGACCCUCGGUUGCCAUCAUCGUUAGACCAGAACGUCCCCCAGUACAAACGGGAUUUCCGACGUAAACUUAUUUACUUCCGGUCUCAGCCUGCUCUUCGAAUAUUGUCUGGUCAAUGCCAUGUCAAAGUCCGAAGAGACCACAUCUUUGAGGACUCGUAUGCUGAGAUUAUGCGGCAGAACGCCAAUGAAUUGAAGAAACGACUGAUGAUCAAAUUCGACGGAGAAGACGGUCUGGACUAUGGAGGACUGUCAAGAGAGUUCUUUUUCUUGUUAUCUCACGAAAUGUUUAACCCUUUCUACUGCCUUUUCGAAUACUCCGCCCACGACAACUAUACCCUUCAGAUCAAUCCUCACUCUGGCAUCAACCCUGAACAUUUGAACUACUUCAAAUUCAUUGGAAGAGUAGUCGGCUUAGCCAUCUUCCACCGACGCUUUCUUGAUGCAUUCUUCAUCGGCGCGUUCUAUAAGAUGAUCUUACGGAAGAGAGUUGCUCUUGCGGAUAUGGAGGGGGUUGAUGCUGAUUUCCACAGAACGCUGACCUGGACACUGGAGAAUGACAUCGAAGGCGUCAUAGAGCCGACGUUCUCAACAGAAGACGAGAGUUUUGGAGAGAUUCGGACUAUCGACUUAAAGCCCAACGGAAGGGACAUUGAAGUGACCAACGAGAACAAAAAGGAAUACAUCGAGCUUAUCACGGAGUGGAGAAUACAGAAGCGAGUGGAAGAGCAGUUCAACGCAUUCGUUACCGGCUUCAACGAGCUCAUCCCACCAGAUCUUGUCAAUGUUUUCGAUGAACGUGAACUGGAACUGCUGAUUGGAGGCAUCGCAGAUAUUGAUGUCGAAGACUGGAAGAAGCACACAGACUAUAGAGGGUACACAGAGCAAGAUCAGGUCAUCAGGAACUUCUGGACUUGCAUUCGGAGUUGGGACGCAGAGCAGAAGUCUAGACUAUUGCAGUUCGCAACUGGCACCUCUCGUAUACCGGUCAACGGCUUUAAGGAUUUGCAAGGAAGUGAUGGGCCCAGAAGAUUUACAAUUGAGAAAUCAGGUUCUGACAAGGCCUUGCCUAAAUCCCAUACUUGCUUCAAUCGAUUGGACCUGCCAGACUACAAGAAUUAUGAAGAUCUCUCCGGGAAGCUCACUAUUGCAGUGGAGGAGACUGUUGGCUUUGGACAGGAGUAG